AUGUCUAAAACAACGAUUGACGAAAUUCCAUCUCCAAAUGAUUUAUUAACAGAAACAGAUCAUAUAGUUCAAGAAUCUGUUGCUAAGAAUGAAGAUGAAGAAACUUGGUUAUAUGAACAUAAUAAAUCAAAAAGUGAUGAAAAUAUAGAUAAUACAACAGCACCGUCCAUUGAUGAAAUAACAACACAAGAAAUUAAUGCAAGAGAAAAAGCAGCAGCAGCAGCAGCAACAACAACAACAACAUCAUUAGUUGAUAAUCAAUUAGAUGAUGAUUCAGAAGAUGAUGAUGGAAUUCAAGUGACUAUCGGUGAUUAUGAACCAGAAAUAACAAAUUUUCAAACAAAUCGACCAAAACCUCGAGGAAUGUUAUCAGGAACUUCUGCUGCUAUUCCACCAAAACCAUCAAUAAUACGAGGUGUAGAUCUCGAUGCACAAGGUUUUAUUAAUGGACAACCGACAUAUGAACAUGAUAUAAUGAAUGCAUAUAAAGAUGAAGAAAAACCAUGGAAAAAACCAGGAGCGGAUAUUACUGAAUAUUUUAAUUAUGGUUUUACGGAAGAAACAUGGGUACAAUAUUGUGAUCGACAACGACGUUUACGUAAUGAAAAUAAUUUAGCACGUCAUAAUACUACUCAUAUUUCACCAAUGCUUCCAGGUCAUCCUCCAAUAAUUCAUCCAAUAAAUUCUCAUCCAAUCAUGAUGAUAAAUAAAUCUAUGAAUAUGCCAAUGAUAUCACGUCCUAUGAAUAUAAGAAAACCUGAUGGAAAAAUUGAUGUUAUCGGUGCAACUGAUCAUACCUCUCGUCGAUCAAUGUUUGAAGCAUCAAAUAAUUUUGAACAUCCACAAUUUCUAAAUGGUCUUCAAUUUCUUACUGGUCAACCACCUAGUGGACAAACAGUAGGUGAUCUUAUAUCAACACCAUCAACUUCUAAUGGUCCUCCACCACCAGGUAAUACUCAUCAUAUACCAUCCUUGGGUAUGAAUCGAUUACCUAUGAUAUCCUUACCACCUGGUAUUCCAUUUCGAGUUCCAUUUGGUCAUUUGCAUGCACCGGGUGGUCCACAAUUUUUUCCUCGUGGAUCUUCUGCAGGAGGAAUGCAUGGUGAUAGACUUCCACAACCAUAUUUUAUACCUCAUCGUGCUCCACAACCAUGGGAUAAAACUAGUGUACCACCUGUGCAUAAUUUUCCACCUGGACCAUUUCCACCACAAAUUACUGUAUCAGUAACUAAUAAUAAUGGACGUGUAGCGCCAUCAAGUCGAAGUCCAACACCUGAAAAUCGUUCAUCACAUAGUUCAACACCAGAAGAAACUCGAACUAGUAAUACUGUUGAUAAUGAUAAAUCAUCUAAAGAUGAUCGAUAUAAAGAAAGAUACAGAGAUGAUCGUGAAUAUCAUUUAACUUCUCGACAUCGUUCAUCAUCAUCAUCUUAUCAUUCACGACAUCGAAUUGAUGAGUAUGAACGACCAAAAAAUGAUCGAAAAUCAUCAAGAGAUCGAGAUGAUAAAUAUGAACAUCAUUCACGAAAACGACAACAUAGAGAUGAUAGUAAUCGUCAUCAUCGAAUUGAUGAUGAAUCAUCUCGUAAUUAUCGUUCAUCACGUCGUACACCAACAAAAAAUAGUUCUUCACCAUCAAAAAUAAAUACAACUGUUUCAAUACCAAGUGAAUCAUCUCAAAUAUUAAAUGAACAAACAUCUGAAUCUGAUCAAGUAACAUCUUCAUCAUCACCAGCAAAUCGAUCACGUCAUAUUCAUCAUAAAAAAUCUUCUAAACGAUCUCGACAUGAUAGUGAUGAUGAACGAAAUAGUAAUCAUCAUCGUAGACGAUCAAAGGAUAGAUCAAAAAGUAACAGUAAAAAAUCGACUAAUCAAAAUGAAUCUUUAUCCGAUGUAAAAGAACAAAAUAAUGAAUAG